GUUCGAGCACAAUCGCACCAAGUUAGAAUAGUCAGUGGUCUGCUCACAAAAGGAUUAACCACAAGUCCACAUCAUCCAGAUAUAUAAAUUCAGUGCUCAACAUGCAAUCUCUCAUAAACUCAUCCCAAUCCCAUAUUCACAAUGUCCUUCACUACACCCGUCCAAAUGACUUAUCCCUGUUACCACUACCGCCCGCUCCCCUUCGUCCUUGAUCCUCAUGCUCCCCAGUACGACAGAGAGCAAUGUGAGGGCGUAUUGGCUCUGUAUUUACGACAGAAGUUUGGGAACCAGCCUACUCGCAAUACUCUCCAUGCACAAGAAUACGAUGAGUCUCCCAACCAGACACGCAUGAUGCAAGAUGUCCUGCCGCGUACCCGUAUGUCAGAGGUUGAGGAUUUUGACACACAGUUUUUGUUCGACAGCGACAAUUCCCGUAAGAACGCUGAAAUCCAACGGGCCAACCGUGCCAUCCGCGAUCAGGCCGUUCGUGAGCACGAGGCUACUACCAGAGAGUGGCACGAUUUUGCUGCUUUCCAGGCCCAGUUCGAGAAGCAACGACUCUUUCCUCACCAUCAUUUAUAUGCUGAGAACUUUCUCGCAGGAACCGUCAACCAAAGAUGUUCUCACAUGUCCAGUAAUUAUACUGUUUCUGGCCCGGAUGAGCCUUCGCUCAAGGACAUGAUCUCUUCCCAUUUGAUGGAAGAACGCCGUCUUAUGGCAGAGCACCGGUCUGAAGUGCGCGAUAUGCUCCAGGCGAUUCUUGUCCGUCUCUCUAAAGGCACUACGAUCGAAGCUCCUGUCAAAUGCGAUCAUAUCACAACCCUGACUGCUACUUCCACAUCAGUCAACGAGGAAGGACCCAGACUUUCACAAGAGGGAAAAGAAAAAGCUAACGAGAUCACUGACUCUGAUGCCCAAGAAGAGGCUGCUGCAUCGCCGGUCCAAGUCGCCUCCUCUAUCUCCCAGAUCUCUUCUGUUGCUGCCCGUCUUGAGAACCUCCUCGCUGUCUUUCAGUUCCCUGUCGAACUCGAUUUUUCUUCAGCCCUCGGCACCGCUGAUGUAUUUGCAUUGACUUACACCCCGGCCAACGCGCCUGUUCGCGCUCAGGAGCAUGCGCUUUCGUUGCUCUUCGCGGAUUUGGACAACAUUCCCAGCUUUGGGUCCGAUGUAGUGCGAAACGCAAGGCGCGCGGUUGUGACACGUGUGGAUCAAGCUCUCCAAGAGCUUGAUAAAGGUGUGGAGGAACGAAGGCGCCGUGCUUGUGCUAAGAAGGCGAUCCCUGUUACUCAGUCAAAUGAUGGUGACCCCUCAGAACCAAGCAAUGCUACCCCUGCGGAUGUUGUGCUUGCUCAAGUCCCUGUUGUAGAUGAAGUUCCUAUCUAGGCCUGCAGUCCCAAUCGCCGCCUGAUAUCAUUCAACUUUUAUGUUACCUUCGGUAUUUUCUUUACAUUUCACUCAUGUUCUGCCUCUUAUACUUUGUACAUCCAUGGAAUAUCCGUUCACGAUUACUCAAUUACGUACUCUGGCCAGUAUGUAGAAUGAGUCAAACCAAGUUGUUAAUGCACAUAUUUUGUACAA